AUGUCUCCUGACUUGUGGGGCUUUGCAGCUGUUACCACACCAUCUUGCUGUCUGCAUCACGAGCACCCCAGCCCAAGCCUGCAAAACCGACAGCAAAGAAAGAAGCAGAGACCUUUGCCUCUCGCCUAUGGAAAGCUCGGUCACAAGACCAGCCAUGGGCUCCGCCGGCAGAUACCUACACAGACCUUGAGGACACCCUACGGCGUGUGGCUCAUGGAUCAAGAAGGCCAGGAGCCUGACGAGGAGGAUGAUGCGAACUCCGUCUCUGUGGCCAGCUUGACGGAAGAUGAAGUGGCAGCUGCCCUUCGAGAGUACCGUGGCAUCCUGACGCGUAAGAUGCUCAAGAAGGCUCGUCGAUCCCGAGCAAAGGCGAAAAGCGAGGAGGCCCAGGCUGCAGAGCAGAGCGGGCCCAGUCGGCGCCGCUUCUAUGCGAUGACUUCGGACAGGCUUGGAAACGAGAAGGCCUUGGAUGGCUCCUGGAUCGACAAGCUGCAAGAGCUCUUGGAUGACACGGCCGAUGCCUACGGGGCUCGAACCGAGUGGCAAGCCGAAGUGCAUGCGGCGGAGCAGAAGGAGCUGAGAGAUCAGAUAGGUGGCUACUUGGGCAACUUCUUCCAGGUAGGCAGCGAUAGCAUAGACGCCGUGACUGGGCAUUUGGUGCAAGUCUGGCGCUCUUUGAACACUCCAAUGGAAGCAUCUGGGGCUCUUGAACCGCGAGACGCGGCACCAGACAUGGACAUCGCGAUGCGGGAGGUGGUGCAGUCGCUGAAAGAAGCGAGAGACAUUGGCAGCUCUCGUGCGAACAAGAUGUCCCACCAGUGGUUUGCCUACUUGACGAAGGAGGUCUUCAAGGUUGAGCAGUUUGGGGAGCACCAGCGGAUCCAGAGCUUGGAGCAGCUGAAGUCUCGUCUUCGGCUGCAUCACGCGUAUGAGGACCUGACAGACCGCUGGGACCGGAUGGACAACUUGAAUAUGGGCCUCGAAGAGGCCGUCAACAACAAGGCGAUCCUGGGCCAGGCGGUGGAGCAUGCCGAGAGUUUGCUGAAUCAGCAGGUCGAGGCAGAUUUCCACAAGACUUUCCAGAAGGAAACGAAGCAGCUGCUCCUACAGGCUGCAAAGGCUCGUGCGGAUUUGGUUGGACAGGUCGAGAACGUGGUGAGGCACCGCGGAGUGCUGCGCUCUGAGCUCCUGAUGCACCUCGGGGAGUUCAACGACAAACUCAAAGCCUGGCAUGUGAGAGCAAGCAAAAAAUUCCAGGAGGGCAUCCUUGAGUUGAAAUCUGCCAGGCGCCAGGCAGAGAACCGAAAGAAGACUGCGGACAGCACGCUGCAAACGAUCAAAGCUCAAGUGCAGAGCAUUCAGUCCGAGCUCAGUCAAAUGCUGAGUCCAUACACCGGCAGUCAGAUGGACAUAGAAGUGGACUUCAGCACCUUCGAAAUCAUAUCCUGUCCAGCCAAAGAUGUCAUGGUGUCCCGUAUCUUGCAAACCGUUGCUGACCGAGAAGACGCUAUCGUGCCCAGCUUGGUCUUGUCUGCCGUGAAGGAUCUCGUGAACCGGAGUCCUAUCGAGCGGCUUCAGAAAUCCACUGCGGCACUGGUACCUGAGCACUCCCUCUGGCAGGACAGGGCGCGUGUUCGGGAAGUGCUGAACUUCGCUGGUGUCCAAGCACAGCUGCGCCACAGGGCUGCGGCUACGUCGGACAUCGCCCGCUUUCUGGUGGAGAACAAGGGUUUGAUGUUGUUGCGUGGGCCGGACCGGCCUUUCUUAGAAGAGAUCAUCAAAGACCUGCGUUCAAUUACCUCGGAACGUACGUUCGGGUACAAUGCAACAGCAGCCGCGAAGCUGCUGAAGAAGGCUGAAAAUUUGCUCAAGGUCCUUUCGGCUGCGAAUUGCCGCGGGAGUGAUUUUCGGCGUGGCUGCGUGGGUGCCGAGGCAUCGCUCGUCAUGGGCUUGCUGCAGUUUGGUGGCCUCGUUCGAGCGCAGCGAGGUUGCAAGCUUUUGGCUGCAUUGUACAGCUUACGCAGCCUCCAGCUGCGAAAGCAAGCGCUGGGCACAGCGAUGGAAGUGCCGGCAAGCAGACCUGUUUGGGACCAGGUCCGGGCUAUCGAGGCAGCUUUACGAGCCGUGGAUGGUAGUUUGAACAUCUUGGCGGAGCAGGCAAAGAAGCUUGCGCAAGAUGGCAGCACGAUUUCCUCGGGGUACAGCCACGCUCUGGAGCAGCUGUUGGAGGUCACCCAGCAGUUGGCGACAAAUCGAAGGAUUGAUGUGUGGACAUCAAAGGGUGUUUCGCAAGAAAAGAUCGAUGCUGCUGGCACUGAGACCAAUGCCGAGGGCAAGAGUGUGGAGAUCGACCUCUUUCCCGAUUUGCCAGCCCUGCUGGCAGCGGGGCCUCAAGCAAAGCAGAGUCACGGCAGCCCCGGCUGUGAUGCAGGGCAGAUGGCCCUGCAUGCAUUGAAGCACCAGCAAGCAAUGCUGAAGAUGCAUUUCAAACUCCGAAAGUGGCUGCAUUGCGCUCUGCUGCCAAAUCUGUCUGAGAGAGACUUUGAGAAGACACAAGAGGCUGUGGAGGCCUCGCAGGCGUAUCUUCAAGGCCAGCUGCCGGCGGAUGAGGCAGACUCAGUCAGCAGCUCGAGAUCUUCGGAAAGCAGCGAAGACUCGGCGCCUCUCUCCAGCCCACGGACUCAAAGGUCAAGCACUUUGGGUGCCGUCAGCCCCCUUCAGUCCAUGACACCCGGUAUAGAACAAGUGGAUGACGAUCAUCGGGGCUCGAUGAACGAUCUAUUGCGGCAGCGUAGCGUUUCGGACAUGCUGCAUGACAGGCGCUUCGAUGCAAACUUGUCCCAGCGGAUGUCUGAACGGUUUGCUGCCAAUGCUGACAGCUACAAGGAAGCCCUGUAUGAGAGCUCUCACGAGACAGACUUGGCCUCAUCUUCGGAGGAGCAGGUCUUGCCUUACGAGGUUCUGCAGCAGCGCUCCCAGGCCACAUUUCUGAGAUGGGCCUCCUCGGCACCGCCGAAAGCCGCUGCAAAGCCAAGAGCUAAAGCAAGAGGAGGGAUCAAGCAUGGCUCCAACUGGGCGUUGAAGGCUACGGCCGGGGAGGCGUCCAGCUCGUCUCCUUCGCCAAAGUCGGGUCUCGCGAAGUUUUCGCCGAGGGUCUACAGGGAUCUGGCCGGUCGGCAAGUGGCACAAACUUCCUCACGGCCAACGAGUGGAGUAAGUGGAGCCAGCAUGCCAGGCAGGCUUGGAGGACAUGAGGCCGAAGCCGGCGUGGCGAGCGACUCGGAUGCUGACACGUCGCGAUACACCGGUCAGAAUUCCAGCCCCGAGUUGACCCCGCGAAGACAGCGGAUGUUGGUCGCAGACCAGGCCGAUCCGGACAUCCGGGAGAUGAAAGAGACUGAAGAGCUGGAGACGGUCGCAGGUGAGGUCCAUGAUCGGCAAGAGCACCACGUCCGCCACUCCUUGCGGCAUAAGCCCAGACUGGUCCAGGAAUCUGUGGAUGCCUCGUCCUUGGUGCUGGCAACAAGUAGCACAGCACGUGGCAGAACCCAUCAGUACCCACAGCCUGGCAAGCCCAGAUCCCAGAGCCCCAAAAGCACCAGCCCUCCACCAGUGCCUUUGCACUCUAUGCCGGAUUUGCGCCCGCCACUGCCGGAUUUGCGUCCGGGCGCAAUGCAGACUGGAUUGCAUGUGGCGGCUGCAGAGGUGGGCAGUUCGGCAGGCGAUGAGCCCAAUCUGCAGUCUACCCCGUCUGCCCCUGUCACUUUCACUCUAGAGGAACUUGGUGAGCCCGAAACAGUUCAUCCCACGACAGCCCCGCCAACGGAGUUCACGGCGGAGCCAGGCAAGUUCAACAAGCAGACGAUGAUGCGAGCGUUCUCGACGAAGCACCAGACGACGGAAGACGACCUUCCGAUGGAACUGGAUGACGUGGAGGAGGCUGAGACGGCAAGUCUGAAUACUGAGAGGGUCCAGAGUGGUGACAUUGCCAUGGGCUCCAUGGACAGGCCGGUGGAGAGAGCAGAGGAAGCUCCAGCUGGAGCGGAGGCUGCGUCCGGUAUUUGUGAAGAUGGCAACAGAUCUGUAGAUGGGUCGGAGGCUCUGGAAGAUGAGAUCGCAGAGACGGAGACCUCCAAAGCCGGACCACUUCACUCCGGUCGGAUGCAUCACGCCAGUUUGGAGAACAUGGAAAAUAUGGAAAGCAUCGACCCUGGAAUCGACCCUCAGCCGGAGUUGCUCCACAGCCAGUCGGGCUCCUACACCAACGUGGCGCCCCCGUCCUUGGCAAGGCCGCGGCCCCGGACGUCGGAGAAGGCUCCGCGACAUGGCCGUGCCUUCCCUCCAGGCUGCGCGGAAGCUGACAGAGCUCUGACGGGUCCGCCGGGCACUGCACGUCGACUUCAACUCCAUAGCAGGCCAGCGUCUGCAUCGAAGCCUCGUCCUGCCCGGCCUGAAGCCGUGACCGAAGAAACGGAACGUGGCUGGCUGCCUUGGCCAGAGUCCCUGGCAUCCAGGUUUCUUCCCGAGUCUGAGAGGAACGACGAGCGGACACCUACUUCUGCGAUCGAGACAGCAUACUUUGCACCCGUUCAUGUCGAUGUCAAGACUGUCAGCAAGCAAGCUAUGAUCGUGAAGCAGUUGCAGCUGGAGCCUCCGUCAGCAGACUCCCAGCAGCCCCAACAACCGUCGCCCGUACAGCCGCAGAAGCCUCAGCAGCCCCAACGCCUGCCACAGCAUCCAAUGCAAAGACAACGAUCCGGGGAAGGGAAGGAAGUGCCUCAAAAGGCUACCGACGAAUCUGCUGAAGCUCUACCUGUCCAAAUUGCGAAGCCCUGCAUCUUCAACAGGGCUUCCACACCGGAAAUCGGUCGUCUGAUCAGUGAUGGGGCCGGAUCCGAGCCGCCAGUACUUCCCUAUUCAGACUCCUCUUGUACGGAAGAGGUGUCGGUACACGAGAGCGGGGGAAGCUUCCCCGAGGCUCAAAAUAUGUUGCAGAAUGGGUCGCAGGCUCAUCCAAGAUGUGAGGUCGGUCCAAUCCGGAAAGGGCUGCCCAUGACGAGACGCGGGGUGGCGCAGCUGCUGAAACAGCAUGAAGUUGCCCCAGACGAGCUGUCACUCUGUGGCGAAGCUGUAAAGCCCAGCAAGACACAACGUCGUCCAGCAACGGCUUCCUCGAAAGAAGUUCAGAUGCAUCACGUCCACUCCGAUCCGAGCCCACAGGUACCGGGGACGAUGAUGCACAUCAGGAUCCCCAUCUCGGCCGAGCUGCUUUCAAAUGCAUUGGCAGGUGAGCGGCCGCGGCGAUUAUCUUCCAGUUCUCCGAAGAAUGUGACGACUCUUAGGCAUUCUGUCAGCGCGGUUAAGCACGACCCGCACGAGGAGUGUAUAUACGAUGAGGGCAUGCCGGUCGCGCGAGAAGAUUCGUUUGCGCUGUGUGAUUCGCCUUCGACGACUCCUCUGGAAUUCACGCCGACAUUCCACGGACCGAGGCGUACGCGGACGAUGACAAAGGACGACUCCCCCUAUUCUCCUGCAGAUGCAGACGGGCCGGAAGGAGUGUCCUUCCACUUGGACUCGGCUCUUGGCACUGACGCGGACACUUCGAACUUGAAUUCGAGAGUUGUGACCGCGACGGACUCCAUUGAAACAGCGAGUUUCAUCAGACCGCCGUCACAGAAGGUUGCUGGAAUGCUGAUGCGAUCUCGAUAUGCGCCGAUGUUGUCGAUCCAAACCGUCAGCAUCUCCGAUCACAUGAAUCGUUCCAAGCCUUCAGAGGAAAUGACUACCGCACUGCCUCAGCACAACCACAGAAAUGAGAGCCAUCCAAGACCAGCUCCAAAUGUCGCAGCCGGACGCAACGUCCGCGCUGCAGACCCGCGUCAGUGGGAGGGCUGGCAGCUCCGACCGCCAAGUCUGUUGCCCAGCGCUCCGGUCGCGAUGGCGACUGUACCAGAGCAUGCAGAGGAGAGCUUGCGCUCCUGGCGGGUCAAUCGACCCAGCUCCGCCUCAGCUCAGCCCAAAGUGCGUCCGAAGACGCCCAGGCUCUUGUGA